AUGAGUAUUAGGGCUAAGAGCAGCUCCAACGGGGCUACAAAACUGGAUUUUGCAGCCCCGAAGAGCUCCAAUCAUCCUGCAUCUCCGGCUGCAUUUUUGCAGCCGGAGGGAAUGAGGCUCCGCCGCGACCUCCGCCUUGCUGUCCUCGUGGACGAGUUCUCCUCCACCGACGUCGAUUCUCUCCUCCUCGACUCUCGCCGGCUCAACUCCGCGUUCAAUCUCCCCACCGUCGAGCUCACCCACGGGUGUGGUUGCUGUGAUGUGAGGGGGCCUUUUAGGGAGGCCCUGCAUCGGAUUGUUGAUAGCAAGCAUAAUUUUGACUGCUUGCUUAUUGAGACUUCUGGAUUGGCAAGACCAGAUAAGUUUGUGACAGAGUUGGAAGAAGUUGGCAUUCACUUAGACAUCACAGUUGCUGUGGUUGAUGCUGAAUCACUAGAUAAAAUUUUACACAUUGAUAUAGUAAAGAAGCAGUUGCAGCACGUGGAUCUUGUAUUAUUGAACAAAUGUGAUUUGGCUACCCUCGGUCAGGUAUCUGAUGAUGAAGAUAUUUUAGAAGGACUAACAGGGGGUGCAAAAGUUGUUCGCUCACAGUUCUGUAAGGUUCCACUGGAUCUUGUGAUUGACUGUAGUAAUAUUCAAGCUUUAACUGCAGUAAACGAAGAAUACACUGCUCCGGGGGUGCUUUCUCAUGAAUCUUUGCCUAAGGCGACAUUCCGAGGAAAUAUGUUCGGCAAAACUUCUGUAGCUGUUUCCUCCAUUGUCCAUGACAGCAAGCAGCCUGUUGCAGGUUUAUCUCAAGAAUAUGCAUUCUCAUCUGUUACCUUUGAAAGUGAACGCCCCUUGUCAGUAAGCGUGUUUCAAACAAGAGUUAUGACACGGAUGAGGAGAGCAAGAGGGCUUCUUAGAGCCAAAGGAAUUAUAUGGUUUGCUGAAGAUAGAGAAAGUCGCUUUAUAUUUCAAUGGAGUGGGGUUAAAAGGGUAGAAGCAAUUAGUGGACGCCCUUGGGAAAGUGCACCAAAAACUUGUCUUGUGUUUAUUGGCACUGAUAAACCUGAACUCGAAGCUAUCAUUGUGCAGCUUUGUGAACCUGUUGAUCCUCCCAUGAGUAUAUCAUCAGAUAAUAAUAUUUUGAAGGAACAUGCCAGAAGUUUUAGUAUGAAAGUAGCAGCAGAUGGAAGAUUUAAGGAACCUUCUUUUAGAAAGGAACCACUUGUUAUAUUUGGCCUGAAAGGUUCACCAUUGCGUGGAAUAAAGGAGUCUGAACUCAAUGGAGCUCUAAUGCAUUUGGUCAAUGGUAAAGGGAAUUUCUUCCUGUCAGCUACUACCUCUGGUGAAGAUUACAAUUUAGAGCUUCUGCUUGAUGAGAGAUCUGACCCAGAUGAAGCAUGGAAUGAAAUUCGAUUGGCUGCCAGUGCAGUCAUUUCCAAAAUAUGUAAAAACUUUUGUCCUUGCAGGUCGGACCUUACCGCUCAUGUGCACUAAUAAGCCCUUCAUAAGGCGCUUGCUACUACACCAUAGAGACUGAGGAGAGGGUAUUAGCAGAAGGUACUAACUCACCACUUCGGUUUUCCAUGAAUUUGGAUUUUUUUAUCUUUUAGUUUUUAAUUUUUUUUUCAUUUUUUUCAUUUGUGUGUGUGUGAUGUUAAACUUCCGUUUUAGUGUGUGUGCGCGUACACGUGUGAUGUUAAACUUCCCUUUUAGGGUUGAAGCUUCCCUUAUUGAUACAGGGGUCUCUUUCAGUGAUAUUCGCCUGUGAAAUUUGUGGAUAUAUGAUAACAGCUGAGGAAUACUUUCAUGGAUAUAUAUAUUUAUGGUAACAGCUGGGAGCAGUUAUGUUUUUUAUUGUACACUAGAAAUCCUUUCAUCAUUCUAACUAUUUGAUCGGGAUAAAUAGUUAAACUAAUGCUCGUGUAUCAUAUAAAUACAGAGAUGAAAAUAAAGGAAAGGAGUUGUAGUGCU